GUCACUUAUGUUAUUUGCUAUUUAUAAUGCCUCCACUUACAGGAAGGAGAGUUACUAACACACGGAUAUUUGUGUACACGGAUGUGUCAGAGUUCAUAGGGUCAGAGUUCAUGUACUACACAUACAUGGUUACCGGAAAUUUGUUUGAAAGAAAUUUCCCGAUACGCACAUACAUAGUCUUUUAAUAGUCUUAAAAUAGAAAAAUAACACAGCACUUUAAGUCUCCUAGUGACAUCUUAUUUAACGUAACAUUCACUUUUCUUGUUUCAUUCUGCUAUUAUUAUCCAGUCGAUUGGAGAAACGGUUUCCUAAACAAAAUUACGUGGGGUUGUCGGCUGAGGAAAGCCGUAUGCCUUACCUCCUACACAAUUCCAUCAGAGUGAUUGUCAAAGCUGGGUCAGCUGAAAACAAAUGCUGUGAGAUCUACUGGAGAAGAUCUGUUAUCGGGACGCUUAUCUGCUGGACCAAAGAUAAGAGUCCAGAUAAAAGGACGGGGACCAGUAGCCCCAAAGUCGUGUUUCCCCUUGUUGUAUCGACUACGGCUACAGGAAGAAUGUGCUCACAACUUGUGUUAAUGUUGUUUGUUGGACACUUCUACACGGCGGUUCUGGCUCAGAGUCUGCGUAAGUUGGACAAAUAAACUGUUUAAUUAGAAAUGGCCUGUCAAAAUACUAUAGUGGUACUAGAUAUGGCCAGUUAAAAUACUAUGGAAAUACUAUCAAUGGCCAGUCAAAAUAAUAUAGAUAUUCUAGAAAUGGCCAUGCAAAAUACCAUAGUUAUACUAGAAAUGGCCUGUCCAAAUACUAUAGUUCCGUUUUUCCUAAAGUGGGCAAUUUGAUUAUUUAUUGGGGAAAUUUGAAAAUGAGCUGUCAAGAAUUUGAAAACCAACCGUCUACUAUGAUUCAUCUGGUAUUUUGAAAAAAGGGCAACAUUAACGUCUCUAUUUACUGCUCAUACUGCAACUGUCGAUCAUACUCUUGAGGCUAGUUAUGAAAUUUCCUUACUCAUCGCCAAAUCUGGGAAAAUUCGUAAUAUAGGAGAGAAUUUAAUCCAACCAUCAAUAUCAGCAUUUCUUAAAACGGUUCUGGAAAAAGAUGACAAAGGCGUGAAAGCUAGGCCACUCAGUAACAAUACUGUUAGCAGAAGACUAGACGAAGUUGUUAGCAGAAGACUAGACGAAGUGAGUGAAGAUAUGAAAUGCAGCUUGUUGGAAAGCUGAAAACAAGAAAAUUCUCAGUGCAAAUGGAUGAAUCAACUUUGAAAGCCUGUGAGGCUGUAUUGAUAACUUUCGUAAGAUGACCUGAUACAAAGGAGAUUUUGCUCAAGAAAAGCUGUUCUGUCAAUCAUUAGGAAGCGCCAGUACGGCCAAAGAUAGAGAGAAUAUAAUAAGCUAAAAAUUACUUAGAUAUCAAUAAUAUACCAAUGAAAAAUAUAACAUCGUGUGCUGAAUAUGGUUCUCAUAGUAUGAUGAGAAAGAAAAAUAUGCUUAAAAUGGAUGAAAGAUGAGAAUCCAGCAAUGCUACUCGUGCAUUGUGUUAUUCAUAGGGAAAACUUGGUGGCUUUCCAAAGAGAAUUAGUCGUAAAGAUUUAUGGAAAUAUUUGAUUCUUGCGAUUUUUUAAAUGACAAGCCUGUUAUGUAUAUGUUAACAGUUGGUGGUAAAACAUUUGUGAGUUAUUUGGCCGAUAUCUUUGAAAAACAAAAUAUAUUAAAUAACCAACUUCAAGGAACAAAUAAAUUUCUUGUCGAUGCAAAAGCGAAUAUAUUUGGUUUCAUUACAUUUAUUGAAUUACAUCAGAAAACUAUUGACAACACAAAUUUUGUAAAGUUUCAUUGGCUCCACAAAUGUGAAGUGACUCAUACCGCUAUACUUGGUAGUGUCGAUCAUCUGAAAUUUCUAUCGGAUAAUUUAAAAGAAAGAUUUUCUGAUUUGAAACUAAUUGAUUUUCCAACUUGGAUGAUACAGACAAUGUGCGUGGAUUUUUCUGAUAUUUCAAACAUCCAUUUUUAGGAAGAACUCGCAGAAAUGCCAAAUGACGAGUCAGUUAAAACUUUAUUUAAUAUAAAAGGAGCGAUGGCUUGGCUUUGUGAGGGGGAAAAAAUCAAAUCUCCGAAUUCAACCAAAUGUGCAAGAAAACUAUUGCUACCGUUUCUCUCUUCAUAUUUAGCGGAAUGUGGAUUUAAUGGCAUAAAUUAUUUGUUGAACAAACACACAAAAAAGAAGGGAAAAAAAUAUAAGAAAUCGUCUGGAUUUAAUACAACGGGGAGACUUGAGACUAAAGUAAACUAAUUUGGAGCCUAACAUAAAUGUAAUCUCUUCGCAGCAAGCAUCAAGCACAAACAUCUCCCUAUUUUUAAAUAAUAAAUUAUUACUAAUAAUUAAAAUAAUAUAGAAACAAUUUCAUUAAAAUGAUUUCGUGCUUGAAUUUGAGUUCUCUAUUAAAUGUUUUAAAAACUUACUUACUAUGUUUCCUGACCAAUUUCCUCUGGAUUUCUUCCUAAUACCUAUCAUUUAAGUUUCUUCAGUGAACAACCAUAUUUUUGAAUGUUAAAAAUUAUUUAUAUGAUACAUGGGGGGAGAUAAUUUUUUUAGAAAGGCCUAGGUGGGGCAUGGCAAAAAAAAAAGGUUGGGAAACACUGGUAUAGUUAUUCUAGAAAUCGCCAGUCAAUAUUCUAUAGUCGAACUAGAAAUGGCCAGUCAAAAUAAUAUAGUUUAAACCAGAAAUGGUAAGUCAAUAUACUAUAUUUACACUAAAAAUGACUAGUCAAAAUAAUAUAGAAAUGGCCAGUUAAAAUGCUAUAGUUAUUCUAGAAAUGGCCUGUUACAACGCUAUAGUUAUUCUAGAAAUGGCCACUUAAAAUGCUAUCCAUGUUCUGUUUUGCAGCUGUGUUGAAGGUUGACAAGACUAAGAUAUCCACUUCCGGUAUUUCGUCCGGUGCAGUAAUGGCUGUGCAAUAUCAUGUGGCUUUCUCUUCCGAGAUCAUGGGCGUCGGUGCCAUCGCUGGAGGUAGGUACAGUAGGUACAAUAGGUACAGUAGAUACGGUAGGUACAUUAGGUACAGUAGGGCAGUAGGUACAGUAGGUACAAUAGGUACAGUAGGUAAAGUAGGUACAAUAGGUACAGUAGGUACAGUAGGUACAAUAGGUACAGUAGGUACAAUAGGUACAGUAGGUACGGUAGGUACAAUAGGUAUAGUAGGCAUAAUAGGUACGGUAGGUACAAUAGGUACAGUAGGUACGGUAGGUACAAGAGAUACAGUAGGUACAAUAGGUACGGUAGGUACAAUAGGUACAGUAGGUACAAUAGGUACGGUAGGUACCAUAGGUACAGUAGGUACGGUAGGUACAAGAGAUACAGUAGGUACAAUAGGUACGGUAGGUACAAUAGGUACAGUAGGUACAGUAGGUACAAUAGGUACAGCAGGUAAAGUAGGUACGGUAGGUACAAUAGGUACAGUAGGUACGGUAGGUACAGUAGAUACGGUAGGUACAUUAGGUACAGUAGGGCAGUAGGUACAGUAGGUACAAUAGGUACAGUAGGUAAAGUAGGUACAAUAGGUACAGUAGGUACAGUAGGUACAAUAGGUACAGUAGGUACGGUAGGUACAAUAGGUAUAGUAGGCAUAAUAGGUACGGUAGGUACAAUAGGUACAGUAGGUACGGUAGGUACAAGAUAUACAGUAGGUACAAUAGGUACGGUAGGUACAAUAGGUACAGUAGGUACAGUAGGUACAAUAGGUACGGUAGGUACCAUAGGUACAGUAGGUACGGUAGGUACAAGAGAUACAGUAGGUACAAUAGGUACGGUAGGUACAAUAGGUACAGUAGGUGCAGUAGGUACAGUUGGUACAGUAAGUAGCCUACACUGGUGGUAACAUUUUCUUAUUGCAGCCUGCUCUAGUGGCACCCUGCUCUUGUAUUUAACUUAGAAUCAAAACUUAGACCUGUUAUGAAACUGACUUUGUCAAGCUAUGUCAAAUGUUCCAUUUUGUGUGGAUCCUCCCCCUUACCGGUGAGGGUGCCGCCGAUGCGAUCUGCACACCCCUAUUGUCACUUCUGCUUAUGUUUAAAACAACCAAAUGUAUUUAUUUUCAAAAUGUCAAGUUAGCAGGCGAUUAUUAGUUCCUGCUUUUUGCAACAAACAUCCUUGAGGUACUAGUAUUUUGCAACAAACAUUCUUUAGGUACUUUAUGUUAAAUAUGGUUGCUACAUUUAAACUAAACGAUUGUUGCUACAUCUAGAUCUACACGUAAUAUUAUUGCUACAUCUAUGUUUAAAAUUAUUUCUACAUCUAUGUUUAACAUUGUCGCUACAUCUAUGUUUAACAUUGUCGCUACAUCUAUGUUUAAAAUUGUCGCUACAUCUAUGUUUAAAAUUGUCCCUACAUCUAUGUUUAAAACAAAGAUAUGUUUACUCUUUCAUUUGAUUCUCCCCUACCCUCUCACUUCCCUACCCCCACAGUGCCGUUCCUGUGCGCUCCGUCUGCGGCCUGUAUGACGACACCUGGCCUGCUGGCAGCCGUUGAGUUUCAAACCUUGACCGCCUCCGCUCGUCUCUUCCUCAACAUCGACUCGACCACCAACAUGAAACAUGAUAAAAUCUGGAUCUUUGCUGGCACACAUGACACAGUUGUCAACCCAGGUAGGUGGCCUCAGGUCUUGGUAAUAUAGGUAGGUGGCCUCAGGUCUUGGUAAUGUAGGUAGUUGGCCCCAGGUAUUGGUAAUAUAGGUAGUUGGCCCCAGGUAUUGGUAAUAUAGGUAGUUGGCCCCAGGUAUUUGUAAUAUAGGUUUUUAGCCCCAGGUAUUGGCAGUAUAGACGGUGACCUCAGAUAUUUGUGGUAAGGGUAGGUGGCCUCAGGUGUUGGUAAUACGGGUAGGCUUAGUAAGCUAUUACUAGCAUAGAUCGGUUGGGCAAGGUAUUGCUAGCAUAGGUAGCUUAUGAUGGAUUAUUUCAAUGUGUCCCCAGCCGCCGGACCGCUAUUGAAGAACUACUACAGCCUGUAUGUUGAUAGUCCAAGUCAGAUUAAACUAGUGGACAACAUUCCUUCAGCUCAUGGACAGGUUUGUCACCUUUACACUCCUCUCUCAUUGUUACCAACCUGAUAUUACGAAGUUCAAUAGCUUCGUUGUCUAGGGGUUACAAUUACUCAACAAACCAUUGAUUCGUAGAAGAGACGUCUCUUUAUUAAAUAUAAUACAACAACUCAUACAAAUCGAACACUUUAUCACUGCUAUCGUUCCACACCAUAACAACCCAAUUCAACGACGUCACUUCCUCUUACCCAAAAACGUCAUAAAAUACAAAGCAUUUGGCAACAGCUGACCAAAUACUCUCCGAACCAAACACGCAAGCACAAAACACAAACAAGUCCUUAACGCAAUGCCCGUCUAUUCUAUUCAAUCUAUCAUUCCCCUCCUAUCUAUACAUUCUCUCAUUUGCGUCUAUUCUAAAAACUCAUCAUUAUCCUAUAAUUUAUCUACUCUCUUACUGCCAUAUAAUCGAUCCACUCUAACAUUGCGCUAUAAUCAAUCCACCCGAUCAUUGCCCUAUGAACUAUCCAUUCUCAUUUCCUAAUGAUCUAUCCUUGCUGAAAUAAUGUGUUCACAUAUGUAUGUCUCAGAUCACCAACAACUAUGGCGGCUCUUGCGGUGACCUACAUUCCAACAACUACAUGAACAACUGCGGUUACAGUGCGGCCUUCAACUUACUCAACUUUAUCUACGGUAACUUGAAGGUCAGUGGGAGGUGGAGGGGGGAUUUUACAACUUACGUCAUUGACCUCAUGGUGAUAAAGGCGAUGGCAGUAUUGCAACAUUGUGUUCUUCGUUCGUCAACGUCGACAAGGACCAUUUAGUCAUCCAGUUAAAAGUGGAGGGGGGGGGGCAUAGUGAUUUCGUAGGUGGCGUGCUUGUCCGAUCCGUGCUCGGAAUAGACUCUGGCACCCUGGACAGGAAAUAGUUGCUGUAGUCGGUGAUCCAAGAUUGCUUUUUCAUGCUAGCCUGCGUGUAUCAGCUGUGGCUAUCCUUGUGGCUUCAUGACAUUGAGCCCUCUUCUUGACAGCUGAUCUCCACCUGACUCUGUCCUGGGCUGUCUGCACCAAUUUAAUAGGUUUGAUGCUGAAGGCCUUCAGUGCCGCUCUUAGUGCGUCUUUGUAAAACUUUUUUGACCUCCUUUGGAGCGCUUGCCUAGCGUGAGAUCCCAAAUGAAAAACUUUUUAAGAAGCUGGUUGUCUUCCACAUGGGCUACGUGUCCCAUCCAAUGGAGUUGAGACCGCAUCAGAUUGGUGAAGAUGCUAGGUAGGUUCGCUCCAGCUUGGACUUCCUGUCGGUCUUGCCACCUGAUGCCGAGGAGUUUCCUGAGGCAGGUUUUGUGAAAGUGAUUUAGUUUCUUGGCGUGACGCUGGUAGACUGUCCACGUUUCACAUUCGUAGAGCAAUGUCUAGAGUAUUGCUGCGCUAUAGACCUUGAUAUUCAUUUCUCGUCUGAUACCUCUCCUGUCCCAAACAGUGCUGCGUAGUCUGCCAAAUAUUGCACUAACUUUUGUGAGUCUGGCGUUCAUCAUCCAUGACGACAGAUCUGGAGAGGGUGCUGCUCAAGUAUUUAAAUGUAUCCCCUGAGUUUAGACGCUGUCCGCUGAUGAUGAUGCUGGGUUCAAUGUAGGGCUUACUUGGAGCUGGCUGAUACAUCAUUUCAUCCUUCUUUGUGUUGAUUGAGAGGCUAAAGUUGUUGCAAGCCUCAACGCUUUAUCAACGCUGUGUUGCAUUGCGGGUACAAUCGUCCGCUAAAAGAAGCUCGUUGGUGGUGUUUGACCUAGGUUUUACUUGAAGCCUCCUAAGCUUGAAAACUGAUCCAUCGGUGUGGAAUCGGAUUCAAAAGCUCGUAAUGAAGUCCUUGAAAGCAUCAGACAGCAUUGCAGCAUACCAUCACACUGAAGAGUGUGAGAGCCAGGACACAGCCCUGCUUCACACCGUUUGUGACAGGGAAUGCUUGAGAUGACUGACCAUUGUCCUGCACUCGGACCAUCGUGACAUCAUGCAGCUGACGGAUAAUGUGGUGAACUUGUCUGGACAUCAGUACUUCUUCAUGAUUUUCCACACGCCACUUCUAUUGACCCUGUCAAAAGCCUUAUUCGGGUCAAUAAAUGGGGAAUACAGGUCUGUAUUUUGUUCUUGACAUUUCUCUUGGAGCUGUCUGGCAACAAUCACCAAAUCGAUAGUUCCAUGCUCUUUGCGGAAACCGCUUUGACUUUCUAGUCGAUGACCUAGCUCUAGAUGUGCAUUCAGGCGGUUCUGGUGGACUGGGCCAAGAUCUUGCCUGCGAUGGAUAGCAGUGAUAUUCCGCGGUGAUUGUCGCAGGGCUGGCGUUUUCUUUGUGUUUGUGUAGGUGGAUAACUGAGGCGUGUUUGAGGUCAUGUGUUACAGUUUCCGUCUGCCAGAUGAUCUGGAAUAGACGCAAUAGCUUAUCCGUCAGCAUUGGUCCACCCUCUAUGUCGAUUUUGGAAGGAUUCAUGUCGGGGCCAGGACCUUUACCAUUGGACAUUUGUCAGAUGGCUGUCUGUAUCUCGACCAAAGUUGGACAGUGUCCAUUUAUUUGUUCGUUGGGACAUAAGGCAGUCUUUCAAUGAUAUCAUUAAUGAGGGAAGGCGUAUUCAGCACAUUAUCAAAUGUCCGCCAAUCUUUCUAAGAUGUUCUCCUUUUCUGUGAUGGGGGUAGAACCGUCUGCACUAAGGAGAGGGGAAGAGCCUUUGUCUGUGAUGAGUGUACAACUGUCUGCACUAAGGAGAGGGGAAGAGCCUGAGGUGGUAACGCCAUAGACUUCUCUCAGGCCACUGUAGAAGCUUUUCGUGUCUUUCUUGUCUCCAAAGCCCUGAAUCUCAUCAGCUUUCGUACUUAGCCAGGAGUCUUGCAUCUGGCGCAGCUGCAACUGGAUCCAGCUGCGGAUGCUCUUCAGAGCUGCUGUCUUCGCUGUUGACAUUAGGUCAUCAUGGAGGACCUUUUACGCCAGAAGUAUUUGCUCAAGUAGCAUUUGGAUCUCUGAGUUGUUUUCAUCAAACCAAUCCCGGUUUUUCCUGGUAGAGGACCCGAGGUCCUGUGCUAUACACUGUCUCACGAAGUGUGAUCCACGCUGUUUCCGCAUCCUGGUUGUCCAGUGUGAUGGUAUCAAGCCGUUCAUCCAGGGUUUCAACAAAGGUUUGUCUCACAACAGGGAUCUUCAGCAUACUGAUGUUGAGGCGUUUCGGAAAUUUGGUGGCCUGAGGUCGUCUAUUAGGUUGGAUGUGGAUUUUCAACUUUGAAACGAUGAGGUGGUGGUCCAUCCAGCAUUCUGCGCCGUACAUGGCCUUAUUCACCCUCACGUCCAGCUGGUCACUGUUUCUGAUGAUGACAUGAUCUAUAAGAUGUCAGUGUUUUGAACGGGGGUGCAUCGAGAAAGUCCUGUUGCGCGUAAUAGGUAGGCUGAAGAUGGUAUUUGUUAUUAGAAGGUUGUGUUCAUUAUAGGUCUGAAGUAGCAGUAGGCCUUUGCAUUUCCAACACCAUACUUCCCCAUCACUUGGAGGUGCAGUCACUGCCAACACGUGCAUUGAAAUCUCCAAGGAUUACUUUGUCAGCAGUCGUUGUGGAGGAGAUGACAGUCAGCAUUUUGUGUGGAGGAGUGACAGUUUAUCUAUGUUUUUUUCAACAGCUAAAUCGGAUCCCUGCCGACCGUGAUUAGUCGGCCAGGGUGUGAACGAGCAGGAAAUGUUUUGGGCACGUUUUCCAUCCCUUUCCUCAUGCAUGGAGGGGAGAAGUGCUGUCCUGAAUAUGGGUGCUCAGACACUCAGGUGGCUGCCGAACUCCACUUCUGCUCCGAUCAGUGAAGAGCGACCCUAUAGCCCGCGUCGCCGGUGUGCAGGCGUGUGGCUACGACCCCCAGUGCACCACACCUGUCUCUUCGUCACUUACCCGUCGCCACAGGACUGCCGAUGAUUGGUUUUGGAUGACUGGUGACUUGCGUGGAUGACUUUGUUUAAAGUGAGGAAGAGUUGCGCUGCGGUUAGGGUUAGGGUUAGGGUUAGGGUUAGGGUUAGGGACGAGACGUCACGACGUCCAGAGAUAGGUACGGAUGCAGUGGAUGACCAAGAUGUAUUACGUGCCUCAUCUUGCUCUACACACUCCACGGUGCGUUGCCGUAAUUGCCUUCAUCCCCGUUUAACCUAGAUGGUCUCCUCCGCAAGAUCCGUCAACGUCCAGGCUUCGCAUGCAGUAGGUAGGCAGUCCUAAAUCACUGAGGGUUUGAGGACCAUCAGCUACCCACACCUGGUUUACCCGGCCAAUGGAAGCCGUUGCCCAGGGUAUGGCUGCUGUUGCAUGCUAGCCGCUACGGGGAGCCACAGGUGAAAGUUGGAUGACAGGACAAUACAAAGGCGGAAGAACUGCUCCUAGGAGCACAAUGUGUUCCCCCAUCAGUGGUGCUACCUCUUCCCCCAUCAGUGGUGCUACCUCUUCCCCCAUCAGUGGUGCUACCUCUUCCCCCAUCAGUGGUGCUACCUCUUCCCCCAUCAGUGGUGCUACCUCUUCCUGUACACUUAGCUGAUGCGCUAAUAUAAGUUUUAUCUUAGAUAUCGGAUAUUUGUAACAUUCAAUUUACAGAUAGAUCUCUACUGUUCAGGCUUAAUGCUUUAAGUUCUUGUUGUUAUUAUACCACCAUCUUGUCGCAGCCGGAAGUUACCCUUUGUUUAAUGAUAAAGGAGAUUAGCCGACGCAAUGUUGUUGAAAGGAAACAUACGUAUCUUAUCCGAGGACAAACUAUCUGGACCUGGCCCAAGUCUUUGGUGUAUUUGACAUAGAUCGUGCUAUUUCCUCCAAUUAAUUUUGGUCGAAAUUUCAGAUAUCCUUCCUGUUGUGCUCUUGUUUUCUUUUAUAUUAUGACUUCUUGUUGUUGUUUUUGUUUUGUAUAGCAACAUACAAUAACAAAGUCAACCUAGGAUAAUAUCUAUAUGAGCUCCGCAAUCGGUGUGCCGCGAGACAAUGUUAAUGUGUGCCACGACACGAUAGUAGUGAUGUGCCACAAGACGAUGAUAGUGUGAACCACAAGACGAUGAUAGUGUGUGCCACAAGACGAUGAUAGUGUGAACCACAAGACGAUGAUAGUGUGUGCCACAAGACGAUGAUAGUGUGUGCCACAAGACGAUGAGAGGGUGUGCCACGACACGAUAGUAGUGAUGUGCCACAAGACGAUGAUAGUGUGUUCCACAAGACGAUGAUAGUGUGUGCCACAAGACGAUGAUAGUGUGUGCCACGACACGAUAGUAGUGAUGUGCCACAAGACGAUGAUAGUGUGUGCCACGACACGAUAGUAGUGGUGUGCCACAAGAUGAUGGUAGUGGUGUGCCACAAGAUGAUGGUAGUGGUGUGCCGCGAGGCGAUGGUAGUGAUUUUCCGCGAGAUUAUGUUAGGGGUGUGCCACGAGGCGAUGGUAGUAGUGUGCCGCGUAAAUAUGGUAAAAGAAUGGCCAUUUUAAAAAAAACAGUGACAAACUUAUUAUCAAACUGGCGAAUGUUACAUGUCGUUUGUAUUACAGAAAAUGUGCGCUUUCAAUAGGCGAGUUACAAAAUAUUCCAAAUCAACUUUAUAGGUCAUAGGUCAUAGGUCAUAACAUCAACACUAUUGCACCCAAAAGUUCUGUUAAAUUUACCAGCCAAUUUUAAGUCGCAAUGUUAAGCCAACGCAGGAAUGAGAUAGUGUGACACUGUGUGACAUAGUGUGACACUGUGUGACAUAGUGUGACACUGUGUCGCGCGCUAGUUACGUUGUUGCAUGAUAAAUUACAAGUCAGAAAAAAUCUUAUUUGGUAAACAUUUAUUAAAUGAGUUUGUAUGGAAUCAUGACCUUUUUUUUUCGAAACUUAUGACAUACAAAUGAGUAAUUGUCAUUGACGUGUUUGCAUUUACACGGAGAUUGGGAAAGGUAGGUGAGACCCGAUAAAAGAUGAUUUGUGCCAUUCGUACAACACUCGACUACAACAAUCAAAUUAAAACAUGACUGCGUUCAACAGGAAGACCUAUUGAUCAAAAUACAUUGCUGAUGAAGGACUACACAAAAAAAUGAACUAUUGUGUAGAAAUUUUAUAUUUUCUAAAUAAAGAAAAUUUAUUAAUUCUGGAAAUUUUAAAUAACCAGUGUUGACAGGCAGGUCGAAUAAAUUAUUUGACAAAGACAUAUGUGAGCUGCCACAAGUAAAUCUGUCACAAUGUUACAUUUUAAAUAUUACAUUUUAAUCUAAUCAUACCUGAACCAUACCAGCACCUCAAAGUUUAUAGCUUGGCUGUAGGUGGCUACCUGUGUGAACAUCUGAAUAAACACAUAAAAACCAGGGAUGAGAAUGUCAUAGCAUGUCUUGAUACAUCAAACGGACCCUAUUAGAAACUCACACAAGCGAUCAUUAGAAAGUAGAAUUGGUUGGUUUUUGUUGGACAUCCCAUAUAUUGCUCCAAAAGAAACUUAACCAACAUUUCUUAAACAUUUCAUAAAUAUCAGUGAAAAUGGAUCCCACUCAGCUUUGGAACAACAUCGCCAAAUCUUCACAAAGCAAAUGUCCCAUCAGUUGUUGUGGAAUUCACGUUUGCCACAGCUCGAUUUAAUUUUCUCCGUGUUUCAGUCAAAGAAUUAUUUCCUAGCAUUUCAAAAAGAACCAUGACGAUUCUUCCACUCUUCGAAAUUGUUCUAAUAAUAUUUGAUAUGCAGUUCAAUAUUGAAGCCGAUGAAAAAAAAAUACGUAUGUUUUUACUUGGUGUGUGCUGGGGACCUCUGGGAAGGGCCCAUGUAUGUCUUGGGCGAAAAAAGAUUGAGGAGCACUGAUAUAUAUAUAAUAACCAAUCAUCAACAGAAACUAAAAAAACGUAAAUAUUUUAUUUAAAUAUCUGGCGUAGUUCACGGCAUACUUGUGUAAUUUAAUUAAUAUAUUUGUGCGUCUUUUCUUUCAACAAAAUGUUGUAUCUCUGCGACUGUUGUUAAGAUUUUUUACAAAUAUUUUUGUUUUGUUUUCAUUUUAGGAACCAAGCGCCACCUACAUAGCAACAGGGGAAGUAAGUAUUACAGAAAUCAUCAACUCUUCAUUAAUGAUAGAUUAGUCGGAGACUUCAUCAACUUAAAACUAUUUUUGUCGUUGGCAUCUUUGGCCCAAUUUAAAUCCAAAUGUAUUCUUACUUGUGAAAUACACGGUAGCAUUUCAAGGACAGGCAGGCAGGCUUUAAUAUAGUUGGUUUUUGUUUUUUUGUUUUGUUUUUUGCUGGCAUCCGUGUGACGAUGUGACGAUGGAGUGGGCUUCGGAGGACGAAAUCCACAUGGGAGUAUUCUUCAAGGAUUAUAAGCUGGUUCCCAACAGCAAAUCGCCUCUCUCCAGGCCGCUGGAUAGCCCAAGGGAACAUCAUUGGAUGAUACAGCUUGGCAACAGUGACGUCGCAGGAGUUGUUGGAAUGUUUCAUUGUAUCAAUGUUAUCCGCCUUUCGGGUCUCCAUUUCCGGGUUUGAUUUCAGGGUUUCCUUCUCUUUGAUGAGUUGCCGUCCAAGGCUAACGAAUCCCAUCCACCCGGGAUGCUGGUGGUGUUUUUGCUUGACUGAGCUCUGGCUGGAAUUGAACUCCAGACCACCAACUUGAGAUUUGCUCAGUUUAGUCCACUUGGCCACCCAGCACACUUCAAUAUAGUAGAGCGCCGAUUAUCCGAACUCAUUGGGUGCAGUGAUGUUUCAGAAAACCUAUUUUUUGGAUAAGCUAACACUCCAACGGCCACGUAAAGUAAACAAGCUGAUGAAUGAAUGAUUGAUUGAUUGAUUACUAUUCUAACACGCUCACAGCGCUCUGAUGUCAUGAACUCUUAGUUCUUAAAUGAUAUUUUAUCAUUUUUAAAUUCUCUCAAAGACUGAGGCAAACUGUUCCAUAACUUAAGCGUUAUUGCUUUAAGAGAGCGCAAUCCGAAGGACUUCUUUUUGUGUCCAUCCACUCAUAAUACCCAUUAAAUAAUAGGUGUUUGGUUCGACAGUGUAAUAUGUAGUUUAUAUCAACCGUGGUUCUGGGUCAGCUGAUUAAAGUCUGAAAUAUGCAAUACAUAUCUAGCUUUUAUCUGAAUGUGCGUCAGGGGUCGCAGUGGUCAGUAUGGGGUCGUAGGGGUUAUUUGUACCCCCAAUGUUCCCUUUCAUUGGUGCGAAUUGCUCGCAAUAAUAUAGAUUUUAAGAGACAUAUGUAGUUCGGAUAUCAGAAUGUUGUAGUUCGGAUAUACGAGGUGGUGCGAGUUCACGGAGUGCAAAAAAAAAAACAACGGAGUCAUUGACUUAAAGUCAUGCCAUGAAUCUGGAGUCACACGUUUAUUGCCAAUACUCUACAGUCUAUCUGGAGUCACACGUUUAUUGCCAAUACUCUACAGUCUAUCUGGAGUCACACGUUUAUUGUCAAUAUUCUGCAGUCUAUCUGGAGUCACACGUUUAUUUUCAAUAUUCUGCAGUCUAUCUGGAGUCACACGUUUAUUGCCAAUACUUUACAGUCUAUCUGGAGUCACACGUUUAUUGCCAAUACUCUACAGUCUAUCUGGAGUCACACGUUUAUUGCUAAUACUCUACAGUCUAUCUGGAGUCACACGUUUAUUGCCAAUACUCUACAGUCUAUCUGGAGUCACACGUUUAUUGCCAAUACUCUACAGUCUAUCUGGAGUCACACGUUUAUUGCCAAUACUCUACAGUCUAUCUGGAGUCACACGUUUAUUGCCAAUACUCUACAGUCUAUCUGGAGUCACACGUUUAUUGCCAAUUCUCUACAGUCUAUCUGGAGUCACACGUUUAUUGCCAAUAUUCUACAGUCAACGGUUCGCUUUGAAAUUCUAUUAAAAGAAAAAUAGAAGUCCAUGUUUCAUCCAAUAUUUGAUUUCAUUUUUGUUUCCAUUGUAUAAUACGGUAGUACUGCUAGAGAGACGUGACACUUCGUCAAAUCAUUUCUCAAGGUGGAGAACAAAAGAAGUUGGGGAACCUAAGAAGUUGGGGAACCUAAGAAGUUGGGGAACCUAAGAAGUUGGGGAACCUAAGAAGUUGGGGAACCUAAGAAGUUGGGGAACCUAAGAAGUUGGGGAACCUAAGAAGUUGGGGAACCUAAGAAGUUGGGUAAACCUAAGAUGGUGGGGAAACCUAAGAGGUUGGGGAAACCUAAGAGUUUGAGUAAACCUAAGAGGUUGGGAAAACCUAAGAGUUUGGGUAAACCUAAGAGGUUGGGGAAAUCUAAGAGUUUGGGUAAACCUAAGAGGUUGGAGAAACCUAAGAGGUUGGGUAAACUGAGAGGUAGGUUAAACCUGCACGAGCAAUACAAAAAGUUGAUGACUUUUAUAUCGGAGUAACUCAGCUCAUCGAUAUGCAAGAGAUGGGGUCGACUCCAAGGGACGGGGUCAGCUACAAGAGCCGGGAUGAGUUCUAAGAGCCAGGAUCAGUUACAAGAGACGGGGUCGGCAACAAGAGACGGGAUCAGUUACAAGAGACGGGGUCGGCAACAAGAGACCGGUUCAGCUACAAGAGACGGGAUCAGUUAAAAGGGAAGGGGUCAGCUACAAGAGACGGGAUCAGUUACAAGGGAAGGGGUCGGUUACAAGAGCCGGGAUCAGUUACAAGGGAAGGGGUCAGUUACAAGAGACGGGGUCGCAACAAGAGACGGGAUCAGUUACAAGGGAAGGGGUCAGCUACAAGAGACGGGAUCAGUUACAAGGAAAGGGGUCAGUUACAAGAGCCGGGAUCAGUUCUAAGAGCCGGGAUCAGUUACAAGGGAAGGGGUCAGUUACAAGAGCCGGGAUCAGUUACAAGGGAAGGGGUCAGCUACAAGAGCCGGGAUCAGUUACAAGGGAAGGGGUCAGCAACAAGAGACGGGGUCAGUUACAAGGGAAGGGGGUCAGCUACAAGAGCCGGGAUCAGUUACAAGGUAAGGGGUCAGUUACAAGAGACGGGGUCGGCAACAAGAGACGGGGUUAACUAUCAUAGCCGGGAUCAGCUACAAUAGCCGGGAUCAGUUACAAGAGACGGGAUCAGUUACAAAAGACGGGGUCAGCAGAUGCAUUAUUAAAUGAAAUAUUGAUUCUUUUUUCAGUUACUCCAAUUCGACCAAAGUGCUUACACGUCUUACCUGGGACACAUGGACAACAUAGCUUACGUCUAUGUCCCCACUGGCUGUAAGGACAAAACUAAAGGUAAGUUAACCUGGAUUACCAAACUAAAGAAAUCUAAAUACCAAUUGGCUGUAAAGACAAGACUAGUUAUCUAAUGUUUCACAAAUAGCAUUAAAAUUUUUAUUAAAAUGGGAUGCUAAGAUCUGACUUACAAACUAAGAUCUGACUUACAAACUAAGAUCUGAUUUACAGACUAAGAUUUCACUUACGAACUAAAAUCUGACUUACUAAGAUCUGACUUACAAACUAAUAUCUGACUUGCAAAGUCCUGACUUUCUAACUAAAAUUUGACUUACAAACUAAGCUCUGACUUACAAACGAAGAUCUGACUUAAAAACUAAGAUCUCACUUACAAACUAAGAUCUCACUUACAAACUAAGAUCAGAACUACACACUAUUCAUUAUUUCCAUGCCAAUUGAUCUAAUCAACAGCUUGCAGACUGCACAUCGCCUUCCAUGGAUGUCAAAUGGGCAGGUAAACAUCUGUCUCAUCUUUUGAAUACUAGCUUUGAGCAUAAAAGAUUGCGUCAUAUUUCUUUGGGGGGUAAACCAAAUAAAAAAAUGGGUGCACCAGAUUUUUUUAAACAAUGUCCUAGAUGAGCAAAACAAGAGCUCAUAUCAAAACAAAGUCAGAGCACCACAAUAGCUGUCAUUAAAACAAAGUCAGAGCACCACAAUAGCUGUCAUUAAAACAAAUUCAGAGCACCACAAUAGCUGUCAUUAAAACAAAGUCAGAGCACCACAAUAGCUGUCAUUAAAACAAAGUCAGAGCACCACAAUAGCUGUCAUUAAAACAAAGUCAGAGCACCACAAUAGCUGUCAUUAAAACAAAGUCAGAGCACCACAAUAGCUGUCAUUAAAACAAAGUCAGAGCACCACAAUAGCUGUCAUUAAAACAAAGUCAGAGCACCACAAUAGCUGUCAUUAAAACAAAGUCAGAGCACCACAAUAGCUGUCAUUAAAACAAAGUCAGAGCACCACAAUAGCUGUCAUUAAAACAAAGUCAGAGCACCACAAUAGCUGUCAUUAAAACAAAGUCAGAGCACCACAAUAGCUGUCAUUAAAACAAAGUCAGAGCACCACAAUAGCUGUCAUUAAAACAAAGUCAGAGCACCACAAUAGCUGUCAUUAAAACAAAGUCAGAGCACCACAAUAGCUGUCAUUAAAACAAAGUCAGAGCACCACAAUAGCUGUCAUUAAAACAAAGUCAGAGCACCACAAUAGCUGUCAUUAAAACAAAGUCAGAGCACCACAAUAGCUGUCAUUAAAACAAAGUCAGAGCACCACAAUAGCUGUCAUUAAAACAAAGUCAGAGCACCACAAUAGCUGUCAUUAAAACAAAGUCAGAGCACCACAAUAGCUGUCAUUAAAACAAAGUCAGAGCACCACAAUAGCUGUCAUUAAAACAAAGUCAGAGCACCACAAUAGCUGUCAUUAAAACAAAGUCAGAGCACCACAAUAGCUGUCAUUAAAACAAAGUCAGAGCACCACAAUAGCUGUCAUUAAAACAAAGUCAGAGCACCACAAUAGCUGUCAUUAAAACAAAGUCAGAGCACCACAAUAGCUGUCAUUAAAACAAAGUCAGAGCACCACAAUAGCUGUCAUUAAAACAAAGUCAGAGCACCACAAUAGCUGUCAUUAAAACAAAGUCAGAGCACCACAAUAGCUGUCAUUAAAACAAAGUCAGAGCACCACAAUAGCUGUCAUUAAAACAAAGUCAGAGCACCACAAUAGCUGUCAUUAAAACAAAGUCAGAGCACCACAAUAGCUGUCAUUAAAACAAAGUCAGAGCACCACAAUAGCUGUCAUUUAAACAAAGUCAGAGCACCACAAUAGCUGUCAUUAAAACAAAUUCAGAGCACCACAAUAGCUGUCAUUUAAACAAAGUCAGAGCACCACAAUAGCUCUCAUCAAAACGAAGUGUCAAAGUGACUUUUUACAGUCAAACUACUUUAGUUUUCAUUUCGUUUUCUUCAUCAUUGCUUUGAUGACGUGUUGCCUGGUCAUCUUGUUUUGUAGAGAGCGCAUUGGUGACGUUUACGUGAAACACUCAGGCUACAACGAGGUUGGAGAGCUCAAUGACAUCAUCAUUUUGUACCCACAAGUCUUGGUGUCGUCACUGAAUCCUAUGGGAUGCUGGGAUUGGUUCGGUUAUACCGGUAUUUACUACGGUAAGUUUGGGUUGGUUCGUAUGUGAAUGUGGCAUAGACACAAGAUAGACUUCAAGGCAUAAAUGUGGCAUAGACACAUUAUAGACUUCAAGAUAUAAAUGUGGCAUUGUCUCAGUAUAGACUUUAAGAUAUACAUGUGGCGUAGUCUCAAUAUAGCCUUUAAGAUUUAAAUGUGGCAUAGUCUCAGUAUAGAUUUCAAACUAUAAAUGUGGGAUAGACACAAUAUAGACUUCAAGAUAUAAAUGUGGCAUUGUCUCAGUAUAGACUUUAAGAUAUUAAUGUGACAUAGGCUCAAUAUAUACUUUAAGGUAUAAAUUUGGCGUAGUCUCAAUAUAGACUUUAAGAUGUGGCAUAGUUUCAGUAUUGAUUUCAAACUAUAAAUGGGGCAUAGUCUCAAUAUAGAAUUCAAGAUAAAAUGUGGCAUAGGCUCAAUAUAGAUUUUAAGGUAUAAAUGUGACAUAGUUUCAAUAUAGACUUUAAGAUAUAAAUGUGGCAUAGUCUCGGUAUAGAUUUCAAAUAUAAAUAGGGCAUAGUCUCAAUAUAGACUUUAAGAUAUAAGUGUGGCAUAAUCUCAAAAUAGACUUUAAGAUAUAAAUGUGGUAUAGUCUCUAUAUAGACUUCAAGAUAUAAGUGUGGCAUAGUCUCAGUAUAAACUUAAAGAUUUAAAUGUGAAAAAGUCUUUACAAGGGAGUGUAAUCCUUUGGAUUAUGUUGUAUCCCUAUUUUACAACUUUUUAAGAAACUCUAUAAACAACAUUUCACCUUACGAGAUGUCAAGAGAACGUCAUAAAAGAACAGAAAAGAACUUCGAACAUUCUAGAACGAUGACUCAUUUCAUUAAAUAGCGCAAACUGCCGUGGUCACGUGAUGGGCGUGCUGUCUACAAUUUUAAUGAAUGGAAACUGCCAUGGGAAUGUGAUUGACAUGUUAUCUGUCACAUUGAUGAACAAAGACAACUGCGAAUAGUGUAUGGAGUGUUUUUAUUGUACGCUAACCUCCUUUAAAGUUGGCAGAUACGUUCUUCCGACUUGAUGUCAUCAGGGUCGGCGCCAUGUUUGUGGCUCGAGGCACAGACGGCAUCGACACGUGGUCUUUAAGUCUCUUCGGGGAACCAAAAGGAAAUUGUUUUUAUUUUAUUGUUAAACAUUUUUUUUUUUUUUGAAAUCUUGAACUAAAAUAUUUUCUCUCUUUUAUAUUUUUCAUCCAACAUUUAAUUUGUUUGUGUUAUUCCUUUUCAGCAUUCCAUUCUGGGCCACAGAUGAGAGCUGUUCAUGACAUGAUGCAUCACAUUUCCGGUUAAGUCUUGUGUUCUAAUUAAAUGAGAUCUUUACACUACAUGGCAGACAUUUACACAACACAUAUAUGGAUAUGACAUUUUUCAGUUUUUCUUGAUAAAGAGGUCUUCGGUAGAAUCUGUCAAAAGUAUUUACAAUUCCCGAUUUUUAAAAAAAACACCUUGUCUCCUCACAACACCUUGAACUUGGUCAAUUCUGUGUGUUCAUCGUGUCAGUCAUGAUACUGGUGUUUAAUUCGGGUGUUAACCAAGAAUAUAAGUAAUACAAAAAUAAUUUAUCAUUUAAAUAUUUAUUAAAACAUUAUUGACAUACUAUAGUUGAUAACAAGCUAUUAUAAUUUUGCUGACACCACUGUGCUGUCUCCGCAUUGUGUCCGUU